AGACUCAAAGGGCUUCACCUUUGACAGGAGAAUGCUCCUCUUGCAGAUGAAACUACUAAUUUAAAAACUUUUAGAGUUAAAAGAAGUGGGGAAACAAUUCAUCUGGAGCUUCAUUUCAGCAAAAUCGAGCCGCCGCAGAGUUUCCCCCACCCAAACCCAACAAAGACGCCUGACGCGGCGUUAUUGAAUUACUCUCAGGAGUUUACGGCUCCGAUGCGUUCCACGUCGAGUUCGGAAUGAGCAAAUUGGCCCUGUGGGUGCUGACGGGCCUGACGGCUGUCGCCACCGUCUUCUUUAACGUCUACAUCUUUCUGAUGACUCUGUGGAACCAGACGGGGAAGAAGGACAGGAGUCCCAGCGAAACCAUCAUCAUGGCUCUGGCGGCGGCCGACGUCAUCUACCAGCUGAUGUCCUACGCCUGGAUGACCAUGGACCAGGUGGACAGCGACUGCCACAUUGUGGGGAUCUUCUACACGGUCCUGCUGGUGCUCAUCUCCAGCUUCAAGUUCACCAUCAUCUGGGACACGAGCUUCCUCACGUUCUACUACAGCACCAAGCUGGUCAGCAAGCCCAACCACUGCUACACCCAGAUCCAAGCCGCCAUCCUCAAGCACGCCACCCUGGCGGUUUUCGUCAUCCCGCUGCUCGGCCUGGCCACCUGCAUGCCGAUCCUGGUGGUGUUCCACAUGGACAACAGCACCGAAGGGGAAACCAACGACAUGGACUGCGGGGUUCUGCUGCCGGAGUCGACCGCCGGACGGGUCUACGACGUGAUCUUCCUGCUCCUCUCGGACGUGCUGCCCGGGAUGGUCAUGCUGAAGUGCUGCAUCUCGAUCUCCGUCCACCUGGCCAUCCACCUGCGCCACAUGAAGGCCAGCACCAACGGCGCCCACCCGCCGAAGCUCGGCUCGGAGAUGCGAGUGGUCCAGAUGUCCUUGGCCCUGGCGGGGAACUUCCUGAUCUUCCUCGCCGUCGACCUGUACGUCAACUACGCGGUCGUGGUGAAACAAAAGAACUCCCUGGCCGUCGCGUUCUUCAUCACGUCCGUCUACGCGACCGUCACGGCCAUGCUCCUCAUCUACGGCAAGAAGACUCUGUGGAAGACGAUGAUACACGACAUCAACACCUGCCUGGACGCAUAUCCGUGUUUGUCCUGCCUGAAGCUGCCCGAGCAAAAGGCUCCACCCGGCAGUCCUCCAAAGGUUCAAAAAUGAAAAUGCAGAUGUUAUGCCACCUUUCUUGUACUUCUGUCACGUUACAAAGCAGCAAAUAACUUCAAUUAUCGACAGCAAAAAAAGACAAGCAAAUCUGCUAACAAAAAAAAAAAGAAGUUCAAAAUUUGUUAGAAAAACUCAGAAAUUUUAAGACUAAUCUCAGAAAUUUUCUAGAAAAAAAAAACUGGACAAUUUUCGACUUUUCAAACUCAGAAAUUUCCAUUAUUAUUUUUCUAAAAAAAAAAUUCUCAUAAUAUCAGACUCUUAGUAUAUUCCUAGCAAUAUUUUAACAUUUCAAUUUCUGAAAUGGUCACUCUGUCAGGGUUAAUUUCAAAAUUCCUUAUUUUUUUCUUAGCAAAUUUUAUACCUUUAAACCUAGAAAUGUUCUUGUUUUUUCUAGAAAAUUUUGGAGAUUAAUCUCUGUUUUUCUAGCUACAACGAGUUCGCUGUCAUGCAUGACUGUAAAUCAGAAGGCUGUGGUACGAAAAUUGUAAAAGUCUGGAAAGUGUUUCUGUUCUGACCCUUUAAUUUUAAUACCCCCAAAUAAAAUCUAG